CAAUUGGUACGAAAACACGGGCUUUGACAGCUAAAACACCGACGAUCAUAUAACAGGCACGUUGUGAUAACAAAAAUUUUUAAUUGGCAAUAUGAACUUCACACGCGUCGCUUUGCGUCAAUUCACCAGACACAGCAGCCGUGUACGCAUGUACUCGGCCGAAGCAGCACCUGCUGCGGCUGGUGCCCCUGAAAAAUUGGUACCCCCGCCUCCAGAGGGUGCUGCCAAGCCACCAAAUCCAAAAUUGGACAGCCUUGUCAACAGUAUUGCGGCACUCAACUUACUUGAAGUUUCUGAGCUUAGUGCGUUGCUUAAAAAGAAAUUAAAUUUACCUGAAACAUCAUUCGUGCCACAAUUUGCUGCCGGCCCAGCACGUCCAGCUUCUACCGAAGAAGAAGAGGAAGCAGCCGCUCCAAAGAAGGUACAGACCGCAUUCAAAGUGAAAUUACUGAAAUUCGAUGAGAAACAAAAAGUUGCGCUAAUCAAGGAGGUAAAGAAUCUCUUGGAGGGUAUGAAUUUGGUGCAAGCUAAGAAAUUCGUUGAAAGUGCGCCAACUAUUGUUAAAGAAGAUUUACCCAAAGAUGAAGCAGAAAAACUCAAGGAAGCUUUAAGCAAAGCUGGCGCUGUCGUUGAAAUUGAAUAGAUUUGAUGCAUUACCGGAGUUUUAAAUGUGCAGUUAAAGGAGCUGUAUUACAUGUAGCGCCCGUUAUUCUUAAAUACAAACAUAGUUUUACACACAUUUAUUUGUGCCUACAAACAA